ACGCUUUGAAGAUAUUAUACGUGAGCAGAGAGAGAGGCGAAACAAUCCUAGUUGGAAUUUCUGCCAUUAUUUUCUUCUACAGAAAUGGCAUUUGCAUUACAAAUGCUAGGUUUAUACGAUGAAGCAUUGGUGCAGUAUGAUGAAUUAGAUGCUCUCUUUACGCAGUUUGUGCUCAAUUCUAAUGUAGGAGAUACUCCAGGAUGGUUAAGUCUGUUUCAAGCGCCUCUCAACAAUUGGGGAGGCGUGAAUUUAAAUAACGGUACAAACCAUCAUUUAAGGUUUCUUUUAGCUGAGUGUAGGGCAUCUUUAUUAGAUCUUAGGAGUUAUUUGUUUAGUAGACAAUGUGCCAUGCUGCUCUUGCUUAAUAAACCUUGGGAGGUUGCGCAAAGAUGUUUAUCAUUCGUUCAUAAUACAUUGAGCGAAUUAAGAAUCUUAGAAGUGCAGAGACCUGAAGGAUCUAUAGAAUGCUGGUCAUUCCUCUGUGCGUUAGAGGUCUUGCAAGCCUGUCAAUUGUCUAUCUACAAUAUUGAUAAUAAUCAACAGUUAGACUUAUGCUCUUUGCAUACAGCUAGCUUAUGGGCACUUGCAAGAGACAAGUUAGGAAGCUUAGGAAAAUUAUGUGGCCUAAUGCCAGGCAGUGAACCAACCAGUGAACAGUUGCACACAGUUGUGUAUCUUAUAGCAGGAAUAGGAGAUUCAGAGCCGCAAGUGGAAGGAAAAUUAACUCCUACAGACAAAUUAAAAGAGGCACUAUCAUCGAAAGAAGCAUUCAAAAAACAAUAUCUAGAACAUGCAGAAUUGGCCAUGGGCACGUACAAGCACGUCGGUCGCAUUCGAUCAGCCAGAUUAAUCGGGAAAGAAUUGGCACGAUUUUACAGUGAACUCGGAGAAAAUCAAAAAGCAGUCGCAUUCUUAUCCGAUGCUUUAAAGACAUAUAUGGACGAAGGAUGGAAUCAAUUGGCUGCGCAGACACAAUUGGAGUUAGCCGAGUGCUAUAAACGGAUGGACGAUGUUGAAAAAUAUACUAAAGUAUGCGCUGCAGUAGCUAGUACAAAUGUUUUGCAUAUAACUGUACGGAAUACAUAUUUGGAAGAAAUGUUAGGCUAUAUGAAAAUGAUCUCUUCGCCUCAACCAUUACUCACGGAACUUGGAUAUGCUUUUAUAAUACUCAGUAUGGAAGUUAAAGUAAUGGAUAAAGUAGUACAAGACUGUGUAGUUAAUGUCGAAAUCAGUGUACAGAGUUUGUUUCCUCGAGAAUUAAGAUGCACUAGUGCCGCUAUUUCUGUAGAGGAAAUACAAAAGCCAUCUAUACCUAAUAAAAAGAAAGGAUUAAAAGCACCUGUUGAACCUCCAGUACAAUUAUUAUCAAAGUGCACACUAGAAGACAUGAAGCCACAUGAUCCAAGUUUGUUGAACUUGCAAGUGUAUUCUUACUUGGAUUAUAAAGAAGAUAGGAGUCUUGGUUCUGCUAGUGUUAUUAAUAAAAAUAUAAAACCAAUUGUGAGACGUUCAGAUAGUGCAAAACAUAGAAAACCUUCGGUGAACGCAAAAGGUGAUUUUAGCAAAGCACUCACCUGUGAUGGAUUUGUUAUGAAACCUGGUAAAAACACAUUUGUACUAACAAGGCGAAUAAAUCAACCUGGUUUAUACAAAAUUAGCCAGCUAUCGUUAGUAAUAGAAGAAAAAUUAGAAUUUUUAUCAUCUGUACUGAAUCCACGAUUAUGCUACGAAGUAGCAAAGACGCAACCCAUGAUAUCCGUAAAUUGUGGUCGAGAUUUACUGGCAGGUCUCAUUCAAGACAUUGAGCUAGUUAUUUCGAGCGGAAGUACGAAGAUAACUGAGGAAAUGAAAUUAAAACUGCGCACAUCACGUGGAUUAACAGUGCAAUCACAGAGCGUUGAAAAAAUAACGGUGAAGGAAUUAGAGAUACCACUGCUAACAUGUGAACCAUUUAAAACUAUAAGGGUGCAAUUAAAGGUUCUGGCUGAACUUCCACCGAAGAAGGAUUCUUCGUCUAUGGAACACAAGUUAAAUAUACAGUGUCCAUGGGGCUCGGAAGAAAGUAUACCUUUACAUUUUGGUCCACCAUUAAUGUCAAGUAUGAAACUUCACACAGCAAAGCAAAGAAAAUUUAUUCAAAUAGUUGUAACUGGUUUGACAAGUCAGCUUCUACAAUUGACUGAGCCUGGAUUAACAACAAUUACGUCGAUAGACGUUAACUUCAAAAGUUUAAAUCCUGUUGCGGGUCAGAGAUUAGUGAUAGGUAACGGAAUGAAUGUUUCCUUUAUGUGGGAACUUGAAAUUGGAAAAGAUGAGAAAUCCACGUUGCCAAUAAAGACUGAUUUUCGUGUAAAAUAUGUACCAAUUAAUGAUACUGAGGAGUUAAAUGAUACACAUGUUGACGAUGAUCCAUUACAUAUACAUAAUUUAGAGAGAAUUGAGAAAGCUUGUAGCGUUUACAGAUGCAAUUUUGAUAUUACAGAUUAUGUGACUUUAUUUACCGUAUCCUCGAAGAUUGAAGCAAGUGGUGGUGGAGGAGAAUUUUGUCGCGCUGGUAGCAUGUGUCACCUCUGUCUUACAGUGAUGCGCGUGUUACCUAGUCUCAGUCCAAAUCCUCCGCCACAGUUGAUGUAUGAGGUUCUAGCAGACCAAACUAUGUGGGCAGUGUGUGGUCGGACCGCAGGCAUCGUGUCAUUAGAAGUAGUGGAAAAGCAAAGCGUUACAUUAGAUGUAAUGCCUUUGACAAGUGGUUAUUUGCCUCUCCCUGUUGUUAGAUUAUCUCGAUACAUACCUGCAACAGAGUCCAAAAAUGAUAUCGUCCGUAAUAAAAAUGAUAUAGGAUCUGGUCCUCGAUUAGAGCCAUUUAGUCCAGGACAAGUGUAUAAUGCCAGUAAAGCACAGCAAGUGCAUGUUUUGCCAGCAGCUCCAUCAGAAUCGAAUUAGAAAUAUGUAAAUUGUUGUUAAAGACGUGUAUAUUUUAUUUUCAUGUAAUUAGUCACGAACACUUUAAUUUAUG